UUGUUUGAGGAUUGUUCAUGGGGUAACCUUCCUAAGUGACCAUGGCACCUUUUGGAAGAAACCUGUUAAAGGCUCGGAAUAAAAACAGAUCUCCAACCAGGGACGUGGAUUCAGAAGAGAAGGAAAUUGUAGUUUGGGUUUGUCAAGAAGAAAAGAUUGUCUGUGGGCUAACCAAGCGAACUACUUCUGCGGAAGUGAUCCAGGCUCUGCUUGAGGAGCAUGAGACUGCAUUUGGAGAGAAACGACUUUUAUUUGGACAGCCUAAUGAAUACUGUAUCAUUGAAAAGUGGAGGGGUUCAGAAAGGGUUCUUCCUCCACUAACUAAAAUAUUGAGACUUUGGAAGGCUUGGGGAGAAGAGCAGCCCAAUAUGCACUUUGUUUUGGUCAAAGCAGAUGCUUUUUUUCCCGUUCCAUUAUGGCGAUCAGCUGAAGUUAAAUUAGCAGAAAGCACAGAAAGACAGUGGGAACUCAGCCCAGCUAACUACAUGAAGACUCUGCCUCCGGAGAAGCAAAAGAGAAUUGUACGAAAGACUUUCAGGAAGCUAGCUAAAAUUAAGCAAGGCACCGCCUCCCAAGACCGAGAUACCAUGGAAACAUUAGUUCAUCUGAUCAUUUCUCAGGACCAUACGAUUCAUCAGCAAGUGAAGAGGAUGAAGGAACUAGACUUAGAAAUAGAAAAAUGUGAAGCUAAAUUCCAUUCGGAUCAGGGAAGAAAUGAUGGAGAAAAUUGUGGUCAGGAUUCUGAUUUCAAUGAAGCUGAUGAGCAGAUAGACUUCCAACAAGAUCAAAAUCAGGAGCUUGAAUGCUCAAGUGAUAAUGAUGGAAUUUUACAUAUGGAAGAACGACUGAAAUAUUACCGACUACUUAUUGAAAAGCUCUCUGCUGAAAUAGAAAAUGAAGUCAAAAGUGUUUGUGUAGACGUAAAUGAAGAUGCAGAGGGCUUAUCCAAGGAUGAACCUGAAAAUUCAAAUUUAGAAAGUGUCAAGUAUGAUUUGGAAAAGAGUAUGAAAGCUGGAUUAAAAAUCCAUUCUCAUCUGAGUGGCAUUCAGAAAGAGAUUAAAUAUAAUGACUCAUUGCUUCAAAGGAAAGCAAAGGAAUAUGAACUCCUUUCAGAGGAAUUUAAUUCACUUCAUUUAACAAACAAAGAUGGCUGUCCACCUAAUGAAGAUAGAAGAAAAUUUGCUGAGGGCCCUAAAAGCAGCACCAUAGCAUUUCAUUCUACUCAGAGGGGUUUUAAUUCAUAUAUCAAUGACACUGACUCUGACACUGGUAUCAGCUCCACACAUAGUCAAGACUCUGAAACUACUUUAGGGGAUGUUGUGCUGUUAUCUACAUAGUUUAAAUGGUUAAAUUUACAACUGGGUUAUAAUCAUUUCUAUGACUCUGUUUAAUGAUAAAGGAAAAACUUACCAAAAUCACAUUCUGAUAUUUUAACACAUCCAUAAGGAAGAACUGAGUUGUUUGUUUGACCUAAUAACAGAUGAAAAGGAAAAAAUAGUUUGUCAAGUUGACUUAAUCACAAAAAUAAGUCCUAAUUGAACAUCCAUUACUCCUUGAAAAGUGUGUAUUAUGUACAGUAGACACGUGUGGAUGGAAUAAUUCAUGUGUAGGUGGAGAAAUGUUAAUCAAUUUGAUUUUAGUGCAGUUUGUAUUUUAAGUGACUCUUUCAAAAAGUAAGAUGUUCAUCUUUGAUAGUUCGAAAGUUUAAAUGAGCAUUUGACUAUGACACGGGAAAACUUUCGAGCGUCAGAAGAUAUUUGGAAUUUUAGUCUGAAAUGCAUGCAGAGACAGGUUAUCUUAUUUGCUAACUGCCUCUA